AUGUCCCUCGCCCAAAAGCUCAAGAGGGAGGCAAUAAGCCGUCCCACCUGCGAAAUGCCCCUCCCCUUCCUCCCCUUCGUCUUCCUCGCCCACUUCACCCAGACAAUAACCUCGGUCCUCACCACCGAAGCGCAUCGCACAACCGCGAGCCUCUCCAAACACCUUGAGGGCCUGCGCCUCCAGGUCCGCGGGCCGGAACAUACUUUUCACCCUUUCUCCCGGCUCCCAGCCGAGCUCCGCCUCAAAAUCUGGCAGCACGCCUGCGACACGCCGCGGACCUUGCUCGCAACACACGCGCCGAACCCGGCUUUGCUGGCAGUCAACCGUGAGGCGCGGUACGAGGCCCUGCGGCGGUAUACCCUCGUCCGGCUGAACACCUGGGGCGACAGGCGGAUCUAUAUUGACUUCUUAAGGGACAGCAUCGCCGUCGUAGAGGGCAAGGGCGGCGGCGGGUUCCCUGUUCGCGGGGCGAGGCAUGUCAUUGUCGUGUGCGAGGAGCCGUUCCGGAACCCGGGGUCGUGGCUGAAGUGUCGGUACCGGGCUGGGCUGGAGACGUUGACGCUGGUGCUGAGCGGGACGAGGACAGGCGGCAGGAUUCCAGCGCCGCUUCCUGAGAUCCGGGAGUUGUGUACGCCCGAGGAGGUUCAGCUGAGGCUUGGGUACUCCAAGGAGGAGGCGGAGAGGAUGGGAGAGGAGGUGAGAGAGUUGGCCGAGGGGUGGGGGCACACGCAGAUUCGUGUGGGGGAGUUUAUCUAA